GGCUUCAGGCUUUGCUUUGAAGAGGAGCUGGCGGGAGAGGUGUUGCGUGCUGUCCUGUGAGUGCCGCUGCUGCAGGGAGCUGACUGGAGAGCAUGGGAAACCGUGACCAGAAUACAGUGACCUAUGAUGAUGUGCAUGUUGACUUCACUUGGGAAGAGUGGACUUUGCUGGAUCCAUCUCAGAAGACUCUCUACAAAGAUGUGAUGCUGGAGACCUACAGUAACCUCACUACUAUAGGAUACAGUUGGGAAGACCAUAAUAUUGAAAAACACCAUCAAAGUUCUACAAGACAUAAAAGGCAUGAAAGAAGCCAUAUUGGAGAGGAACCUUCUGUAUCUACUCAAUAUAGUAAAGUCUUUGCAUAUGACAGUCAUCUUCAAAGGCAUGGAAGAACACAUACUGGAGAGAAACCCUAUGAAUGUAAUCAGUGUGGAAAAGCCUUUACAUCUCACAGAAAUCUGCGAAUACAUGAAAGAACACAUACUGGAGAGAAACCCUAUGAAUGUAAUGAAUGUUGUAAAGCUUUUGGACAAAAGCGUCAUCUUCAAAGACAUAAAAGAACACAUACUGGAGAGAAACCCUAUGAAUGUAAUCAAUGUGAUAAAGCCUUUGGACAAAAAGAGUAUCUUAAAAUGCAUAAAAGAACGCAUACUGGAGAGAAACCCUAUGAAUGUAAUCAGUGUGGUAAAGCCUUUAGACAACAGGGUUCUCUUCAAAUGCAUAAAAGAACACAUACUGGAGAGAAACCCUAUGAAUGUAAUCUGUGUGGUAAAGCCUUUACACAGCAGGGUUCUCUUCAAAUGCAUAAAAGAACACAUACUGGAGAGAAACCCUAUGAAUGUAAUCAGUGUGGUAAAGCCUUUGGACAAAAGCGUCAUCUUCAAAAACAUAAAAGAACACAUACUGAGGAGAAACCCUAUGAAUGUAAUCAAUGUGGUAAAGCUUUUGGACAACAGGCCUAUCUUCAAAUGCAUGAAAGAACACAUACUGGAGAGAAACCCUAUGAAUGUAAUGAAUGUGGUAAAGCCUUUGGACAAAAGUGUAUUCUUCAAAAACAUAAAAAAACACAUACUGGAGAGAAACCCUAUGAAUGUAAUCAAUGUGGUAAAGCCUUUGGACAAAAAGUGUAUCUUCAAAUGCAUAAAAGAACACAUACUGGAGAGAAACCCUAUGAAUGUAAUCAAUGUGGUAAAGCAUUCUCUACACAGAAAAGUCUCCAAUUACAUAGAAGAACCCAUACUGGAGAGAAACCCUAUGAAUGUAAUCUGUGUGGUAAAGCCUUUACACAAAAGAGUUAUCUUCAAAUUCAUAAAAGAACACAUACCGGAGAGAAACCCUAUGAAUGUAAUCAGUGUGGUAAAACCUUUGCAUUUCCCAAUAAUUUCCAAUUGCAUAAAAAGUCACACACUGGAGAGACACCUUAUGAAUACUAUUUUUCAGAGUGUUACACAACAUUGUAAGACAUUCUGCAGCUAACAGGAUGACAGCUUGUGGUUUAUCUGUUUGCAUGGCUCCUGGCAUCCUACGUCUGCCUACGUCCUACAAUCCUGGAUUAGCAAAUGAGAGCUCCCAAAAGAGGAAGGUCCAGGCUAGGGUUGCGAUGGUGAGAUCCUCGACCCACCAUUUCGUCUUCCGCCUGGACCACGGCUCCAAGCCCCGCGCUCACAACUGUGAACCCACGAAAUUGCCACUGUGGACCAACUUCUGUUACCACAGCAUAAGGAAGGAGCUUGAAGAAACUGCUUGUCUAAAGUCGGACAUGGGACAAGGCAAAAGUGAAGAGUUUACAAUGUAGGUGAGUUCAUAAUGGAAACUGCCACUGAAUACGAAAAAGCAUCAAGGAAGAUUCCAGGUACUUUCUCAUAGAUCCACUUGUACAGAUGCACAAGAACUUUAGCGAUAGGAUACGUACCUAAUACCUUAUCAAAAAUUUCCUUGAUUUCUCCUAACAUUGAUGGGAAUGUCCAAGAGCACCGCACAAUCUGCUGGACCAACCACAUGAGAUCACUACAGGGCUACUCAGCUAGAGCCGGGACUCAGAUGAGGAGUAUCCACAUCGUUCGGCCCAGAAUCAAGCUGGAGGAAAAGAGCUUCUCCAAGUUCAAGCCCACCUGAUCUCCCAGCUCCACCCUCAACCUGGAAAGGAAAAGCAAAAGUAUGGGCUUCGGGACUGCCGGGACUUGGCGGGACAAAGAGAGAGGAGAAGUAUGGGCAGUGGAAGACUGAGAGGGAGAGACACCAGUUGCCGUCCAGGGAGCAGCAUGUAAAGGCAGCAGGACUUUGAACAGGACCCAUAGCAUGAAAAUGAUUCAGCUGAAGUCAGUGGCUCCAGGAACUGAUCCCUUCUGGAGGUGGAGUCCCCUUGGAAAAGGGAUCUCAUAUGUUUUUCUUCUGUUCCAUCUGUACACAAUCUUCCUCAUGACACCUGUGGUAUAAAUCUCACACUUCCUUGAAGACUCAGCCUGGGUACUGUCUUUCCUACAAGACUUUCCUGGGCAUUCUCCUAUGCCAGUGUAUGAAAAGAAAGAGGAGAGGAGAGGGAGAGAAGAAGGAGAAGAAAGAGAAGAAGGAGAAGACAGAGAAGACAGGAGAAAGAAAGGAAAAAAGGAAAAAGAAGAAAGAAAGAAUGAAAGAAAAGAAUAAAGAAGAAAUACCUAAAGGACACUAGGCAUGAGUAAUAGAAGAAACCAGAGAAAAUCAGAAAGUAAAUGUAAAUUGAGAAAUAAAACACAAUGGAGACGAGGCAAAGAAAACUCAAUUUACAUGCUUCCAUGGACUGCCCCUGGGAUUUACAGUUUGAGAAAUUACUGUUCUGAACCAGCAACCAUGCUACUUUCAUACCACCAUGCUAGCCUACUACGUGUGUCACCUCUCGCUGGAAACAGUGACCUCCUUGUAGACCUACUGUGGCAGUAAAGCAGAGUAACCACAGCCUUGUGAACACUCCUUGUCUGGGUGGAUAAAGUGUCUUAUCCACAAAGUGGAUCGAGAGAUCAGAAAGAGAAAGUCAUCUAUUCCAUGUAGGGAGAAUCGGAAAGGAACCCAUGGAAGGCUGCUCAGAGGAGGGGCAUUGUAGGUGUUUGCUGAGUACACAGGGGUACUCUGGAAUGGAAGCGAGGAUGUAGAUACAACAAAUGCCUGCUUGUUGAGCACAACAGCACAGGGACUCUCUAAAGUGCUUCAUCUGAAUCUUCUCAUCAAAUCUUUAACUAUUGGGGAUGACAGGUUUAACUGAUUAUCAGUUUCCCAGACACAAGAAUGUGAGAAGUUUCCCUAGCGUCCCCAAGGUCAUACAACCAGGCACUAGCAGAAGAGGCUGCUGACACCAAGUUUCCCAGCACACACUUACUCAGUGUCCCUGUCCUUCUUGCAGAAUUCUGUUCGAUCAAAGGCUCAAAGCAGAGAAGUAAACGGAGUAUUUGGGAAGACACGGACCCUAUUGUAAUGAAAUCGGACUGAGAAACCCGAACUCCAGUUUGGUUUCUAGGACAGUGUUGUUUCUAUUCCACUAGCCUGCCUCCAGCAAAGAACACAAUAUUUAAAAAUCAAUCAAAGACCCAAGCCAAUAAUGAUUAUACGAGCAAAGUGAUUGAUAUUAUUUACUCCAGCUAGAUUAAAAUGUUCCCUAGGAAAAAAAAUCCAUAAAGACAACAUGAGUCAUUAUGUAAAGCUAUGUGGGAGCCUUCCAGAUAAUGAAAUGGGUAUCAUAAAUUAUUUCUGCUUCUGUAGAGAGGGUAAAUCCUUGUUAUCAAUUUAGCAGGUCUAGAAAACAGUGGAAUUACAGGGGCCAUCACACCAGACAAAAUUCACCUUGUCCCAGACUCUAACGCCCUCUCAUUGUCCUUCCUAAGUGAAGUCCUUCCAGAGUCCAUUAAGCAAAGCCUGGAUUGAAGAAUGGCAGAGAAAUGUGUGGGAAGGGGGAGCUCCUCUCUCUAAUACUGACAGAACUCCUCAUGUGAAAAGAAAACUGCAGGAAUCAGAGCCUGGGUGCCAGGAGGGCACCUGUCAAACUUCUGGGUGACAGACGUUGUUUAUCAUUAUGUAACCUGUGGUGACCUUCCUUGUGUCACUCAUCUUCAUGAUUUAUUUGUCCCAUCACUGACACCCCAGAUACCCAAGUCUUAUUUCCCGGUGAGGUAUGGCUCCAUGUAUCUGCAUAGGUCAAAGAAUGAAUGUUUUAUCCCUCCAGCCCCAGAGGAGAUGUAACUGUAUUUGUUGAUACCACAUAUGGCUUUUUCAUCAUUCUCCGGGGUAAGCGUGUGAUGUUGGAUGUAUCAUUUUUUUGUGAGCCUAGUUUUUCUAUCUACAAGAAGACGAUAACAGUAUAUUCCCUCCCAUACAAUUAUUAUAAGACUUCCACGAGGCCCUGCUAGUUAGUUUUUAUGUCAACCUGACACAAACGAGAGCCACCUGGGAAGUGGGAACCUCAGUGGAGGAAUUGUCUCCAUCAGGUUGGCUUGUAGGCAAGUCUGUAGAGGAAUUUUCUUGGUUAAUUAGUGUGGGAGAGCACAACUCGCUGAGGUGAUACCACCCUUGGGUAUAAGAAAGCCGGCUGGGCAAGCCAUGAAAGCAAGCCAGUAAGCAGUGGUCCUUUGUGGGCUCUACUCCAGUUCCUGCCUCUAGAUUCCUGCUUGAGUUUCUUCCCAAACUUCCCUCAGUGGUGGACUAUAAGCUAUAAGAUGUCACCAACCCUUUCUUCCUCAUGUUACUUUUGGUGAUGACGUUUAUCACAACAAUAGAAAGAAAACUAAUCCACAAACCUUUCAUUUUUGUCCCAGUACAGGGUAGAUAUGUCAUCACCAAUAAUUACUACGAUAACUUUAAGAUACACACGUUGCACUCGAUAUUCAGUAUUGUUUGAGUGAACAAAAAUACGAAAGAAUAUGGACUGUAAACUUCACGAAUUACUCCUCCCAACCUAGGUUCUGUUUUUUGGAGCCUUGUCCAAAUCAUCUGUUACAUGUUACAUCUGGAACAGCCCCUCUAAGCUCACGCGUUGAAGGCUUUGCCUGAGCUGGUGGUGCCAUUGGAAGGUGCAAGAAGUUAGGAGCCUAGUUGGAGAAUGCAGGUUGUUGUGUUGUGUCCUUAAAAGACCUUCUUCUCACUCUCUUCCUGGUGUUUAUGAAUUCUCAACAUCUUUUCUUCAUCAGACACUAUUGCCAUGAUGCACUGCCUUCCUAAGGAUGCAAAAGCAACUGAGCCACAGAACUAUGAACUAAUACCUCUGAAACUGUGAGUCAAAAAGAAGUCUCUUCUCCUUUUUGCUUAUUUAUCCUGGGUACUUUGUCAUAGCAACAUACAGCUGGUUAACAUGGCAUCCAAAAGGAAGCAAGCACUGGUACCACAACAACUUUAUUAGAAGUCAUCCAUAAAGCAAAAGGAGCUUAUGAUAUUUGCCAGUAACUGAAAAAAAUUUAUUUUCCAAAUCAUUAAAUGUUAUUAUUGAAAGUCACAAUGAAAUGACCUGAACCCUGAAGCAUGAGACAUCAUAAAACUCUCACAAAAACUUAAAGGGACCACUUCCCUUUUGAAGAGUCGUUCAUGACCACAAAAUGAGAAUGUGCCUCUCUGGAAGGCACAGCUAGUUCACUUUGAUUUGAGAAGGGUUAAGUUAGUAAUUCUUAUGUUGAAACCAUUCAAUGGAGCUCCUGGUGUGUGUGUGUGUGUGUGUGUGUGUGUGUGUGUGUGUGUGUGUGUGUGUGUGUGUGUGUAGUGAGAACACAUUAGAUAACUGACAACAACCUGGCCCAAAUUCCACCUCCUUUUUACUCUUUUAUACAGGACCACUCUAGUAUCUUUAUUUCCCAACAUCUAAAGCUGUGCACUGUCAUAGAAGAGCUUGGGCGAUGCUUGCAGCCUCGACAGCCAGGGUAUCUUUGAAGUGAAGAAGGACUCAAGGGCAGAUGGAAUCUGUGUCAUUUAUUUGUUACUGAAAGUCCUUAAUUAGACAAAUCUUGCCCAAGGAAUAUCCGAAGCCAGGUCUCUUGCCCAUGCAGUGAGGUGUCAGAUUCCAAGUUUGCAGUGAGAAUCACUAAUCAAUAUAUAAUGUGAAACAUUGGCUGGCUCUCCAUCUUAAAAUGUUCGCUCUAUUCCUAUUUCUAUACCUUGAAUUUUCCCUCUAUAAGGAGAAAUUUUCAAGCAAGGGGACAGUCCGUAUGAUAAGCAUGAGUGCCUCUAUUUCAGCUGACGUAAGCUGUAAGAGCUGCCAACGUCCGUGAGGUAGAUUUGGUCUCUCUCUCUCUCUUGAGUCCUCUGUGGAUGAAGGCAUUAAAAUAACACUUCAACGAGAGAAAUAUUCUGCUCUUUGGAAUAUUAAAUUGGAACCUGAGAUCCUGGGUUGAUUCCUUAAGCCUUUUCCUUUUCUACCAGGAACCUGAAGUCCACAGAAAGAAAGGAAUGUGCUGGAGACCCUAGAACUGGCUGGAAAAUGCACUUGCUAUGUCCAUUUUCUGUAGCGGUCACAAUAAUCGGACUUCGUAAUGGCAACAGCCCCAUUUUAACAGGAGAGUAACAGCGAGAACCCAGGGAGAUAGUAUAAGACUUGAAGCCAGACAGCCCGAGUCUGAAUCCUCCCUCUGUUUCUUAAUAGCUGUUUGUUUUCUGAAAUAUUGCUUAAGCUCUGGCUUGCUCAGUUGUCUCCUGUGACUACAGCACCUGCCUGCUUGGUGCUCUGAACUUUUCCAUGAAGACAAACACCAUCAGAACCACAUAGGCAAUUACUAAAGUGGGCUGGAAGAUGCAUGCCUGCUUGACCAAUGGGAGCUGUAGGUCAAGUGAUACGUUAAGGUCCAGCUACGACACAGGAAGAGUGUGAAGUUCCACAUCUACAAUGGAUUAGCUGCAGAUACCGGACAACAGUAAUUGCCUACAUUUUCUGAAAAGUUCAGAGCACCAAGCAGGCAUGCAUCUUCCAACCCACUUUAGUUAGUUAGUGGCUUAGAAGGUAAAUUUUAUACCUCUUUAAUAUUUUUUCUACGUUCCCCUACCUUUUAUGAGGAAACCAGAAAGGCUAUGGAGGUGAUGGUGGACCUGUCUGACAAAGGCUUACAGUGGGAUAUUUGGAGAGUAAUGUGAUGUGUGUUCACAGCCUCUGCAUCAUUUGGACACUUGGACACAACUUUAGAAAGAAAUUUUUCAGGAAGAAAGAAGUACCUCUGUGCUCUCUGGACUGGCAGAGGUGGGCAGGCUGAGGAUACGGGUAUUGGCAGAUAUUGGAUGUUCGGCAGGUACAUAUUGGUGCUGGAUCUUUGGACAAGUUCCAAGAGAACCAAUCUCAGCACACACAACUCUACCCAGAAAUGCUGGGACAAAAGACUUUCUCCACAACCUGAGUCCUGCAACUGAUCAGACAAAAGCAACUUGUGACAGUUUGUCACCUCGUGAACGUGAAGGCAGCCACUGCCUUCUGGGCAAGCUGCCAUCAGGCAUUGGGAAGCUGUUCUGUGCAUAGUUCUGGGGGGAGUUGAUGACUUGUUUUCCCCAAAGAAAGCCUGGGGCAGUAGAAGGAUAAGAGGACCAUCCAAGGAGCAGGAGCAGAUCUACCUAUCUAUCAUCUAUCUAUCUAUCUAUCUAUCUAUCUAUCUAUCUAUCUAUCUAUCUAUCUAUCUUUCUAUCAUCUAUCUAUCUAUCUAUCUAUCUAUCUAUCUAUCUAUCAUCUAUCUAUCUAUCUAUCUAUCUAUCUAUCUAUCUAUCUAUCUAUCUAUCUAUCUCUAUUUGAUGGAGGGUCUCAUGUAGCCCAGGCUAGCCUGAAACUUGUUUUGUAGCCAAAGAUGAUCUUUCUCAACUCAUCUCUGUUCCUGUGUCUCCUGGGUGCUAGGAUUUGAAAGCAGGAACAGAAUUUUUGGAUACAAGUUAUGGAAUGGAUGUUUGUAUCUUCUAAAAAUUAAUAGAAUAAAAUCCUAACUUCCAAUGGAAGUAUUUAUCCCUUUCUUUCAUGCAUCUUACAGCUGGGCAGAAUGUCUGCGGGCUCUGAGUGCAGUGCCACUCUAGAGUCCUUUGGGAAGGUUGGCAGCUCCUUCUUCCCUGCUGUAUUGCCUACUCAUUCCACCUGCUAAUCUGGUUUUACCUUCCAUGAUGUUUACCGACAGAUAUCAGUGGCACUUCUUUCUUCUGUUUUCAACUUUUCAUUUGUUAUUUUCUUCUUUUUUAAUAAAUGGUAAGAUAUCAGAAAGAAGGGAAUAAAUCUCUAUGAAUUUAUUUCACAUUCAGACAGCUCUGUAAAAUUCUUUUACGUUUCUUCUUCCAAUGAGUAAAUACUUUCCAAAGGACUUAUGAGACAAAUACAUGGAUCCAUAGUUUGCUGUUUAUGGAGGUGAGGCCUCAUUCUCUGAACACAUCGUGGGCUACCAACAUGGUUCUAGUCUGAUUAAGCAAAUUAAAUAUACACAUUGCUGUGUUCAUAACACUGGCCAUUCAUUGAGGGCAGGGAGGACUUGGAAUUCACCACUGGGUCUCUGAUUUUUGGAAGAAACCCAGCACAGACUACUUCUUAUACACAGAGCAGCCAUAAGGAUUGGAGGUCUUUUGGUUCCAUUUUAGAACUGGAUUGUCAAGUAGCUAUUGUCUUUCUCCUCAGCCCCCCACCCCCAUGGCAGACCAUCUUCAUUAAUGUUCAGCAUGCACUAACUUAGAAAAAAAAAUCUCUUAAAGCAGUACAUUUCCCCAAUCUUAAUUUUCUCACAAACAAUGAGCCCAUGUUCCUUAGUGGCUAACUCCUUUCCUGUACCAUAAGUUUUAGAAAGUCCAAGUUAUCCAGACAUUAACUGAUUAGUUACAUAGGCAAGGGAACUGAUUCUUGAUCCUAGAGAUACAAAACUAUAGUUUUUAUAGAUGUAAUUUCUAAUGUUUUAUACAUGUCUGCAUGUUUCCCAAAGGAGUGCUUGAUAUAUGUGUGUGUGUAUAUAUAUAUAUAGAUAUCUAUCUAUCUAUCUAUCUAUCUAUCUAUCUAUCUAUAUAUAUAUAUCUCACGUCAAUGAUUAUGUAUGUAGUUACUAGCACAAUGUAAAAUUCCUAAAAAAAAAAUCAAACAUGAAUUUGAACAGUAUUCAGAAGUCACAAAUAGAGGCUGGAGAGAUGGCUCAGCAGGUAGGAACACUGGCUACUCUUCCCAAAGGUUCUGAGUUCAAUUCUCAGCAGCCACAUGGUAGAUCACAAGCAUCUAUCAUGUGGUCUGAUGCUCUCUUCUGGUGUGCAGAUGUACAUGUAGAUGAAACACCUAUACACAUAAAAAUAAAUAAACAAAUAUUUCAGAAGUCACAGUAAUACAGUUACCUGCUCACUUCUCUCAGGUACCUUUUUUUCUUCUUUCUGGAAUUGCCAAAGCCAACAAGAGCUCUCGUGCAUACCUUAUGUGUCAUAUGACUAUAUGUCAUGGUUGUGACGUAAGAAAUAAAGGCUUAUUACCCCAUUGUUUGUAUUCCGGAAUAGCUUCCAGAAUGCAAGGUGACUGAGUGAAAGAUCUGGAGGACUCUGAAGGGACUGCACAGUGAUACACCAGGCAUUAAGUAAUCUGAAGGAAUCUGGUCAAGAUCCACUUAACUUUGAACCAAGUCCAAGCAAGCACACCUGCUUCUGAAUGCUCCUUUUAUGGAGAUUAUUUUCUAAAUGUGAAUGAAAGAGCCCAGCAUGCUGGUAUUUUAGGUGUUAGACAUGAGAUCCAAUGGACAUUACAGGUAGAAAGAUACCAUUGUAACAUAACAUUCAUACUGUCCAGUGGAAAGGGAAUGGGUUUUCAGACCACUUAAGGAAAUUUCUCAGUUACUUUGAACUCUUCACAAUGAAUACGUUUGAAGAACCUACUUGCUAAAAAGAGUGUGAGAAGAAUUUUAGAGGUCAUAGAUAUGUUUACAGCUUAGGUUAUAGAGAUGGUUCCGAAGACUCUUUAGACUCAUCUUUAGACUCGUCAGGUUGACUCUAUUAAUUGGGCAUAGCCUUUGGUGCCUCAAUACUACUUCUAUAAAAUGUUUUAAAAGAGAGGUAUUUAUAAUUGACCACAUUAAACCCGAGUGUUGUGAUUUCAUUUUACACGCUAUACUUAAUAGAAACAUUUUCUGUGAGAGGGGAAAGGUGGCACAUCUUUCUUUGGAAUGUGCUUGUAACCGAACUGUCCCGGGGAUAUCGCUGUGGGCUCUUAAAUAUUGCAAUGCACCAUAGUGUACUUUCUUGCAAUGAACAGCACAAACAUUUGCAUUUUAAUGUGCACUAUGGAUCUCAGUUAAAGAUCUCUCGAGUCUGUUUAAAGACCGUUUCCUUCUUGCAUUACAACCUCUUUGGAAAUACCAAUGUUACAGCUGUGAUAACCUUGCAAGGACUGAGAGUGGAUAAUCACAGGGACUUAAUUACAGACAAUGACAAGGUACUCAGAGCAACCCAGCAUGGAACUGAGGAGGGGCAGGAGAUGUCUGAUGUCAGAAUUGGCUGCGCUGAUGGGAGGAAGGGAAGAACAAUGACUUGGGGUUUAAGUUUUCUUUUUAAUUUUGGAAAGAUUCGCCUUUUGUAUGAAUCAAUAAACUAAUCCCUCAAGAAACCACUAAUGAAAUAAAACUAUAUACAGGCAACCAAAACCCAAACCAAAACCAAACAAAAAACUCACAGAAGAUAUAAAACAACAGGAAUGUGGUUGGUAGAUUUAAACCGGACUAUACUGAUAGAUGUGAAAUCUAUUUAUCUAUCUAUCUAUCUAUCUAUCUAUCUAUCUAUCUAUCUAUCUUUCUACAUAUCCAUCCAUCCAUCUAUCUACCAUCUAUCCAUCCAUCUAUCAUCUACCUAACUUUCUUUCUUUCUUUCUUUCUUUCUUUCUUUCUUUCUUUCUUUCUUUCUUUCCAUCCAUCUACCAUCUAUCUGUCUAUCCAUCUAUCAUCUAUCUAUCUAUCUAUCUAUCUAUCUAUCUAUCUAUCUAUCUAUCUAUCCAUCUAUGUAUCUAUCAAUCUAUCUAUAAAACCUGACUAUACCGAUAUAUGUAUAUAUUUAUACAUUAAGUAUAAAUGUUAGAAUACUCUAAUUUUGAAAGAUUGGCAGAAUGCAUAAUAAAAACAAGACUUCUGGA